AUGAUCAAUGGUAAUCCACCAUUCCACGAUCCAUAAAGAAGAGUUGAAAUGAUCACCAAACAAAUUUUACUCAACGAUCCUAACUAUCCUAAGACCAUGAGUCCAGCUGCAUGUGAUUUAAUUCAGAAACUACUCAAAAAUGAUCCUAAAGAACGCAUAGGAGUUAAAGGAGGAUAUGAUGAAAUAAAGAAUCACCCCUUCUUCAAUUCCAUCAGCUGGGAUGUCAUUCAUCUGUAGGUGUCUCCACUCAAAACAUUUGCUGAAAAGAGCAAUUUAAAAAACUCAACAAGAGUAGUUAACCAACCUCCUCAAACUUUAGAAGACACCCCAUGUAAUCCUUAAAUGCCCAAUGGGAAAAUAGAUGGCAUCACAUAUUUGGGUGAGGGUGAAACUUUCAAUUCCAAAAUUUGA